UCGAAAUGCGUGAAAACCGAAAAUCACAAGCCAUCGAAAAUGGCAAGAUGGAGUCGUAUCGACGUUUGAAGUGCGGUUUGUACACAAAAUCGUAUGAAACGGAGCCAAUGUAAAUAGUUUUAAGUAAACGGUAACGUCGUUAAAAGUUCGACGGUGUGAAAAGUGCAAAAAGAUUAACGGAAAAGCGUACGUUUUAACGGCAAAAUCUUGGUACACAGAUUCCGAUUGCUCAUGAAAUGGUUCUAUGAGAUGAGCAGUAAAGAAACGAUAUGUGCCGCCUAAAGCGAUGGACUCAUACGACUUGUUCGGGGAAGAUGGAAGUGGAAUGCUGGAAAAUUUGCCCGAAUUGGGCUCCGUACACCUCGAUCCUGCGGUGACUGGCGACAGAAAUGCACCCACAGCUUACACACAGCCAGUUUUCUCACAGGAAAACCCCCUACAUAAAUUGGCUACAUUCGGUUCAAGCGCUAGCUCAUUUUCUCACAUGGAUCCAAAUACUCAACAGAGCGUUUACGCUCAAGGUUACGGCGCUGGCGCUGGCGCUGAAGGACGCCCGCCUAUGGGGCCUCCAGGAGGCGCUUACGGUCAUCCCCGUCAAGUACCCAGACCUGUGGCCCCGCCAGGUCCUAACCAAUAUCCUUACCAAGCAGCCACUGACAGUAUGUACGCGAUGUCUGAUUUGCAAGGAGCCAUGGCUGAUGCUAAUGCCAUGCAAGCGGCUGGAUGGGGACAACAUGCAGCUGCAGCUGCUGCAGGAUAUCCUGGAAUGAGUGGAAUGCACAGGUAUCCCCAAAUGAGCCAAUACAGGCAACAACCCAUGGGUGGUUAUCCACACCAGCAAGAACAAAAACAACAAUUCCCAACAAGUCAGCAUCCGAUGAUGCAACAGCCCCACCAAACUCCUUAUCAAAUUCCACAAAGACACGCACCUCACGGAUACCCGCAAGCACCUGCCUAUCCCACAUCGGCCCCCAACCAAAGUUACAGUGGCUACGUGCACCAAAGAAUGCCUCACCAUCACCAAUAUCCACAAAGUCAUCAUCAAAUGGACUUGCAAAGUCAGCAGUACACUCAGAUGGGUCACGCUCAGCCUUUGCCGCAUCAUCCAGUAGCGAGCCAGGCAAGUCACGCGACUCCCAAUCCUAAUUUAAUGGGCCAAUCUCAUCCUGGACUACCACCGGUACAGCCGCAGCAGCAACAACCACCUCAGAAUCAAAUUUCACAUCCAGGCAAUAUGGUUAAUUAUAACCAAAAUCAUCAACCAUUACAGAGACCUGUCGAAAUGCAACCAACUGCUCAGCAACAGUUUGCUUCAAAGCACUCUAGCCAAGUUGGUAACUUGAGUCCUCAAUAUCGAGCACCAUUUCCUCAGCUGUCGCCUCAGAUGUCUCCGAGGCCACAAAUGUCUCCAAGGCCACAGGCACCUCAAGUAUCUCCUAGACCAGUUAUGUCACCUGCGAAACCGAAUAUGUCCCCGCAUCAUCAGCAACAUGGACAAAUGCAACAAUCAAACUUGAGUCCUCGGCCUGCUGCAAGUUUGCCUUCGAAAAGCAGCUAUUCUCAACAGCAAAGCACUUUGCAAGCUUUAGAACAGAUGGUAAUGCCGCCUUCUAAUACUAUAGCAGAUUACCCUACAUACCAGUCUCGAAAUUCAUUAGGUCUGCCACAAGGACAACAUCCUUUAUCACCUUCAAUAAAUAACGUAAUGAGAAAUCAAAUGACUGAUCAGUGGCCUCCACCUCAAUCACCAAGGCAAGCUCAGCCACAUUUGGCAAACUUAAACGGAUCAAUGAGUAUGAUGGAUCAAGUUUCAAAUCAGAGUAUGCCUCCAGCAACACAAUCUCUAUUACCUACACAAAUGCCACCAACACAAAAUGUAUCACCACUACAUAAUCCAGGAUUGAUAUAUAAUAAUGACGAUGCUAGAUUGGAUAGGUCUCCUCCAAUUAGUGAAACCAGUAAGUUGGAAGAAACAAGAAUUUCAUCUCCAGUAAAAGAUAUGAAUAAGGAGGACUUGAAUAAUAUGGCAAAACAGCAAGAUUUUUCACCUAUAGAAUCACCUACUACAGACAAAUUACCCAGUAGCACAACUAAUUUGGAGCCAAAUGUGUCAGCUAUGUCUCAACCAAUGUUAUCUCAUCCUUCAACGCCAACACCCACAUCCACUACUGACGAUAAUAUUACAAACAUCCAGGAGUCUAGUCUUCCUUCCAGUACCGAGUCGACUAACCAAAUAAGUGACACAAUUUCGACUUCAAAUAAUCCACCUCAAACUCCUAGUCAAAGCAAUAGAGUUUAUGAUUCAAACAUUUCUACUUUUUCGAAUCGACCUGAAACCCCCAAAGGUUAUAAAAUAGAAGACUUAGCUCAGCCUAGCUCCUUUAUGUAUAAUCAUGAAAACUCGUUAUCUCAAGAAUCAGUACCUGAAUCAAAUAAAUCAGAGCAUAGUAUAGCUCCAUCGCCUAAUUUCCAAAAUCAAGGUUACGGAUUACCCAGGCAAGAUGGCUCUGACAGUAAAAGUAUUAAUCAAAUGGACGUAAACUCGCCUUCAUCUCCAACUCAAUCUCAUUCUUUAUUAAAUCUCAAUCAACCGAAUACUCCUCAACCAAUGCACCACGAACAUUUACUUCAACAUUCUUCAGAAUUAAUCGUAGAGAAAAAUACUGAUCAUCAAAGCAUUCCCUCUGAACACACAAGCUCAGACCAGCAUUCUAUAAUGAAUAUUAUAAACAAUUCCAAUCAAAACAGUCAAGAUGGCAUUAGCAAUAAUCCUAUUGCUAUUACGGACAAUAUUUCCACAUCUUCAAGCCUUGGCACUGGUUCUUCUAUGAGUAACCCCAUUUGUCAACCAGCCACCAUGCUCAGCCAACCUCCCAUAUUGAAUACACAAUCUGCAAUGCCAAACGUACAACAAAAUCCUGGAUUACAUCCUCAAAUACCGCCAACUGUAGGCUGUGAUCAAAUGAUUGGUCGUCAAAUGCCUGUAGUAGGCAUGAAUCACCCUGGUAUGCCAGUGAUGAACAAUCUAGGUCAUAUGGGUAUGAUGCCAGAAAUAUCAGGUUAUCAGCCUCCUAUAAAUCACCAACAAGAACGUGCAGCAUUGCAACAACAAUUGCACGAAUUAUUAUAUUGCAUGCCUCCAGCUCCAGAGCAUCAAGAGAAGGUUAUGAAUUUGCAAGAAAAACUGAAUAUUUUAAGUCAGCAUGAGGCUACUGAGCAAUGUAAUGGCGGGCCUCAGUGUGUGUUGCAAAGUCCCAUUUUUACAACUCCGAUGAUUGAUAGUCCUCAAGUCACUAGUACGACGGGUAGAGGAAGAGGCAAAGGAACUAAUAAGCCUAGAAAACCACGUACCAAAAAAGGUGAAAAGCUUGCAAAUGCUGAAAUAACUGAAUGUAUUGUUCCUCUAGUUCAGCAACAGUUGCCUGUAUCAGAAGAUUUUGUUACACCAGGUGCCGGACUUAACUUGCCUGCUAGUGAAAUGUCUGAAUUUACAGACUUUGCAUUAGAGCAAGUGGUUGAAGAAAAGAAGAGAGGCAGAAAACCUAAAGACCCCAACAAGAAGAAGGAACCGAAAAUACCUAAAGAACUUAGAAAGGAAAGGAAAAAGCGGGAACAAAAAGAGGCUGAAGAACCCAGAGUCAAACGAAAAUAUGUAAGAAGGAAAAAAUUGAAUGACGGAUUGGAUGAAGACGCUUCAGAAGACUCAUUCAACAAAUCAAUUGACAGUUCGUUUGCUUCAGAAAGGCAUUCUUCUGAAGAAGCUGAAGCCAAACAAGACGCAAUGGACGAACCUGAAUCUUCAACAUUAGACAAACUCAACGAAGACAAAGACGAAAGACAAGAAAUGCAGGCUGAUUCUCAAACACCAGCGGACGGGCCAGAAUCUGGCGACGAAACUAAAAAAGACGAAUACGCUUUUGAUGAAGCACAAGCGGAUGAUGAAAUUUUAGAAUUGCCUAAAAGAACCAAAAAACCACGUGGUGCUCCUAAAAAAGUAGUUUCUACAAAAGCACCACGAGCUAAAACUGGAGGUAAACGUGGUCGACGCAAGAUGCACGUUCAAAACGAAUCUGAUGGUGAAGGUGAAGACCUCAUGACAACACCGCCGCCUUCACCUCCUGAAGACGAUAAUUCAAGUAAACGUCGCUCAGCCAGAAACACACAAAGGAAAAAAUACAUAGAUGAUGUGAUGCUAAGAUUCUCUGACGAUGAUGCUCCUCCAACACCUAGAGCCAGAAAACCAAUAGUGCCGGAUAAGCCAAUACUACCUUCUACACCGGUUGCCCCUCCAGUAGCGUCUUCAUCUUCAACACCCCAGGAAACUGAAUCAGAAGACGUACCGUCGGUAGCUUCCACAGGAGAUCCAGGCAAGGGCAUGAAUUAUGUUUAUGUAAACACUACAGAUGAUGAUUCAAUGGUUGUCCAAUAUGUUUUACAAUCCCGAAUGACUAAAAAAGACAUGAAAGUUGUUGCUGAAGUUAAAGUGAAUAAGGAGGAAGAUGACAAAGAGAAACCGAGCGAAGAAAAGGAAAAAGCUAUUGAGAGUUUGGAAGAGGAAUCUGAAGCAGUUAAGGAUGAUGAUUUAAAAUCCGAAGCUGAUGAUGAAGCUAAGAAGGUGGAUGAUGAAAAAAUGGAAGAGGUAGAAGUAGAAGAAUAUUAUGUCAAAUAUAGAAAUUUUUCUUAUUUGCAUUGUGAAUGGAAAACUGAAGAUGAACUUUUCAAAGGUGAUAAACGUAUAGCCAAUAAAAUUAAACGUUUUAAACAAAAACAAUCGCAAAUGAUGAAUAUUUUCGAUCUAGACGAUGAACCCUUCAAUCCUGAUUAUAUUGAAGUUGACAGGGUCUUGGAUGUAUCAGAGCACAUAGAUCCUGCAACAGAUGAAGUGGUUAAACAUUAUUUAGUUAAAUGGCGCGCUUUGCAAUAUGAAGAUUGCACUUGGGAGUUAGAAGAGGACGUCGAUCCUUUAAAAAUUAGACAAUAUGAGAAGUUUUCGAAAAUACCUCCUAAAGAUAAAUGGAAACCUAGAAAAAGACCUAACCCGGAUUCUUGGGAAAAAUUAGACGAAUCGCCCAUAUAUAAAGGUGGCAAUAACUUGAGGGAGUAUCAAUUGGAAGGUCUCAACUGGUUACUUUUCUCUUGGUAUAAUGGACGUAAUUGUAUUUUGGCCGAUGAAAUGGGUUUAGGUAAAACCAUUCAGAGUUUAACAUUUAUACAUUCUGUGUGGGAAUAUGGAAUAAGGGGGCCAUUUUUGGUCAUAGCUCCAUUAUCAACCAUUCCAAAUUGGCAAAGGGAAAUAGAAAGUUGGACUGAUAUGAACGUAAUUGUUUAUCAUGGCUCAGCUACAAGUAGAAACAUGAUUCAGGAAUAUGAAAUGUAUUAUAAGAAUGACAAGGGACAACAUAUUAAGGAUCUUACUAAAUUUAAUAUUUUAAUUACGACAUUUGAAAUUAUUGUAACAGAUUUUGCUGACCUAAAAGGUUUCAAUUGGAGGUUGUGUGUAAUUGAUGAAGCUCAUAGACUUAAAAAUCGUAAUUGUAAAUUACUUGAAGGCCUAAGACAAUUGACUUUAGAGCAUAGAGUUUUAUUAUCCGGUACUCCUUUGCAAAAUAACGUAAAUGAGCUCUUUUCUCUAUUGAACUUCUUGGAGCCAACUCAGUUCUCAAAAUCUGAUGUGUUUCUUAAAGAAUUUGGUUCUUUGAAAACAGAACAAGAAGUGCAAAAGCUGCAAUGCCUUCUUAAGCCGAUGAUGUUGAGAAGACUGAAAGAGGACGUAGAAAAGUCUUUGGCUCCCAAAGAAGAAACUGUAGUUGAAGUUGAAUUGACAAACAUCCAAAAGAAAUAUUACAGAGGUAUUUUAGAAAGGAAUUUUUCGUUUCUUACCAAAGGCACUACAUACUCAAAUAUUCCUAAUCUAAUGAACACUAUGAUGGAAUUAAGAAAAUGUUGCAUUCAUCCAUAUCUUCUGAAUGGUGCUGAAGAUCAAAUUCAAUACGACUACAAACAAGCCCACGGUGAAGAUGUUGACGCUUAUUAUAAAGCUUUGAUAAAUUCCAGUGGUAAAAUGGUUUUAAUUGAUAAAUUAUUAGCAAAAUUGAAAGCUAACGGUCACAGAGUUCUAGUUUUCAGUCAAAUGGUUAAAUGUUUGGAUAUUUUAGAAGACUAUUUAAUGUACAGAAAGUAUCCUUAUGAAAGAAUUGAUGGUCGAAUAAGAGGUAAUCUACGACAAGCUGCUAUAGACAGAUUCUCCAAACCUGAUUCUGAUAGGUUUGUCUUUUUACUUUGCACCAAAGCAGGUGGUUUAGGUAUUAAUCUCACAGCUGCCGAUACUGUAAUUAUUUACGACAGCGAUUGGAAUCCUCAAAAUGACUUGCAGGCACAAGCUAGAUGUCACAGGAUUGGCCAGCAGAAAAUGGUUAAAAUUUAUAGAUUAUUAUGUAGAAAUACAUAUGAAAGAGAAAUGUUUGAUAAGGCAUCACUUAAGUUAGGUUUAGAUAAAGCGAUAUUGCAAAGUAUGAAUACUGCACAAGGAGACAAAAGUUCAGGAACUAGACAGUUAAGCAAAAAAGAAAUCGAAGAUCUGCUAAAAAAAGGUGCAUAUGGGGCUUUGUUAGAUGAAGAAAACGAUGGCGAUAAGUUUUGUGAAGAAGAUAUUGAUGUUAUUUUGGCUAGAAGGACCCAAGUUAUUACAAUGGAAUCCGAAAAAGGUUCGACAUUUUCAAAGGCUAGCUUUGCUUCCAGUGCAAGCAGAUCAGAUAUUGAUCUUGAUGAUCCGGAUUUCUGGAACAAAUGGGCCAGAAAGGCUGAUAUUGACACUACAGAAAAAGAUGAAACAGAGGAUUUGCUUAUGUCAGAACCUAGAAGACGUACGCAAAUCAAACGCUAUGGGCACGAAGAAAGUGCUUUGGACAUGUCGGAGCUUGAAAGCUCUUCAGAUUCUGAUCCCGAAAACGAUCCAAUGGGCCUUCGUAGCAGGAGGAAUAAGUUAAGAAAGAAAAAACUGAGAGGGGAUGAUUAUUAUCCCAGAGAAAGUGAAAAAGGUGAGAUGGCUUAUGGAAGUUGGUCUCGAAGAGAAUGCUUUAUGGUUGAAAGAGGGCUUUUGACAUUCGGCUGGGGCCGUUGGGGUGAAAUUUUAGCCAAUUCGCAGUUGCACAGAAGAUGGAGGGAGUCGGAUAUUGAAGAUUGUGCCAGAGUUAUUCUUUUAUUCUGCUUGAGGUUUUAUAGGGGAGACGAAAAAAUUCGUAAUUUUAUUUGGGAUUUAAUUGCACCCAACGAUGGUGCAGAGCAAAAAAUAUCGAGGAACCAUCAAGGACUGAAAGAUCCUGUACCGAGGGGUAUAAGGAACAAGCAUAAGAAAAAGCCUACCAAAGAUACUCGGCAUGCUGCCCUGACUGAUCCGAAUCACUGGAGCAAAGAUGAAAAGUUUGAUGGUGAUAUAUUUUUGGAGAAUAAUUAUAAGAAACAUUUGGGACGACAUGCUAAUAAGGUUCUUCUACGUGUCAGAAUGUUGUACUAUAUCAAACACGAAAUCAUUGGUGACUUAGUGCAGCAUAUCACCGAUGGUGUACAAGCAAGUGCCUUGCCGAUAUACCCCCCGGUUACGGAGCAAUUGCCUGCCACUUGGUGGGACUCGGAAUUCGACAAGUCGUUGCUCAUCGGAACUUGGAAACACGGCUACGAGAAUUACACUGCGAUGCGCCAAGACCCUACUCUUUGUUUCCUAUCCCGGUGUGGUCCGCCCUCAGACCGCGAGAUCCAGAUGCAAGCCGCUUCCACUAACAUGCAACCAUCUACGCCAAACCAAGUAGCCCCCAACGAGGACGACAUCGACGACGAAGACACCAACGAGGAAUCCAGUCUAAAGUCUAGGAACAGAGACAAUUCUGAAGUUAAUUCCGAAAUUGCCGAGCCUUCGCCGGGGCCUUCAGCUUGCUCGGAAAAUCAACAAAUGGACGUUGAUGACAUGAAAGAUGAAACUGGUGAAGAUAAAACUCCUUGGCCUACUGUGACCGACUUGAAUACGCGGUUACGUAGAGUUAUAACUUCUUAUCAGAGGAAUUAUAGGAAGGAAGAACAAAAGUUACAGGCAACCAAGGCAAAGCAGCAGCAGCAACAGCAACAACAGCAAUCCAGUCUGGAUGCAUCGGCUCUGGCUUCUCCGUUGGCCGCCUUGGCUCAAGUUUCCCAACAAUUCGAUUCGCGUGACGCCGCCUCCAUGGGACUGCAGGGCUGGGAUUUGCAACAGUUGGCGCUCUAUUUACUGAAGAUGGAACGGCAAGGCAAACAGGCACUUGAACAAGCAAUGAAGGAAUCAACUAAAGAUCGAGAGCGUUCGACUAUAUCGAAACGCUGGACCAAAAGAGAAGAAGCUGAUUUUUUCAGAAUCGUUUCGUCGUUUGGCGUAGUUUACAAUAGAAAAUCGAAAAAAUACGAUUGGACUAAAUUCAAGCAACUAGCAAAACUAGAUAAAAAAGCUGACGAAGAACUUACAGAAUAUUAUAAACAUUUUGUUAUGAUGGCCAAGAAACAGACUGGUAUUAAUAUAGAAGAGGGCAGUUACGACUCAACUAUAGAACAUAUUAAUGAGGAAAAAGCUAGAAGGACUUUGGAAAGGUUAGAGUUGCUGUCCAGGAUAAGAGAAGAAAUUUUGACUCAUCCAAAAUUGGAUGAAAGAUUACAAGUUUGUACAACCUCAGCUGAUAUGCCUGAUUGGUGGGUACCAGGAAAACACGAUAAGGAAUUACUUAUCGGAGUUGGAAAAUAUGGUCUUGGUCGUACUGACCAUUGUUUACUAAACGAUCCUGAUUUUUCUUUUCAUGAGGUGCUAAAGAAAAAAGUCUAUUCUGACACACAAGAUUCCAAAGGAGCCAUCAAAUUGGAAAGUCACGAAGAUAUUUUGAAGUUUGACAGAGAUGAAAUUUUGGUAAAACUGGAAAAAGGUGAGGGGACUCUCAAAAUAGAAAAAGUUAUUCAAAAGAAAGAGACCAGUGAAGAGAAAAAAGAGGAUAUUAAAAUUGAAUCUCCAUUGGCUGAAGAAGAUAAACCAGCUGAAGCUGAACCUGAAGCCGAGAAUAAUGCUGACACAAUUGAAAAACGAGCUAGCGAUGAAACAAUUGAUAAGGAACCAACUGAGGAAACUAUUCCUAAAGAGGAGGAAGAAGAAGUUGAGAAGCAGGAAAAAGAUCCAGAAGAUGCUCCUACUCCUAAACAACCUGAUACUGAAGACAAAGAAGAAACUAUUAGAGAACCAAUUGAAGAUGAUGCAGACAAACCAGAAAAAGAACCUACAGAAGUAGCUAUUGAUAAAGAAGAACUCAAAAAAGAAGACCCUUCCAAACCCACUGAAGAAAUGUCCGCAAACGAUUUAUGUUCCAAACAAGCAGCAGAACUAAAAGCAAUGUUUCCUGACUUAGAAGUCAUCCAGCCACUAUCCAGACUGUCACAAGUGGACACAUUUGUCCUAAAAGACAAACCCAAUCCUACGGGAGCCUUGGAUUUCAGCGAAACCACAGUGGCUCAACUAUUCAAUCAUGUAGUCAAAUGGCCAAAAGAAUACGCAAUCCAAGUAAGGCUCCAGCAUAUUAUUUAUGCUGUUGAAACCAACGAGUGGCCAGCACCAAAAUCAUUUUCCGCCUAUGCUACUGGAAUCGGUAACGAAUUCGAUUUGCCCAUACAUGAAUUGCCUAACGAUCCGCCCAAACGCGAAGCUUCCACCCCAGAUAUGGAUAUAUCUUUAGGUAAAAAAAUCGACAGAAGGAAGAGGCAUAUAGCCAUCGAUGUUGAAACUGAACGAGCUAAACUGCACGCUUUGCUCAAUAGCAGUCACGCAGCUUCGAUGUCCAAAACGCAAUGGGACGAUGAUUCUGAAGAUUCGAGACGGUCUACACCUCAAGGCAACUUGCAACCUCCACCAGCGCAUCAACAUAGAGCUUCGACUUUGAAUAUUGGAAUGGGCAGUGGUAUGCCAUUCGAUUUUUCCAAUAAGUACCAUCAGUCAUCUAUGUCGGCUAAAACUAUUGGACAAACGACUGUUAUUCCUGGUACUAGUAGUACUUUGACACCUAUAGAUUUAAGUUCAAGCAUCCCAAAACCAUCAGCAGACAAAUUAUCCAUCGACCUACAUAACGUAGUGCAAGAUUUCUCAAUUAAAAAAUCCUCGACAUCUAUAAGCCCAAUGAAUGCUGCUCCGAAGUCUGGCAACAAACUGGACGAUACCCUAUCGAAACUCAUGAAAAGGAAAAAUUGCCCUGAACCUGAACCUUUGGUGGGCAAAGAAAAGAAACGCCGCAAAUUGGACGAAAUUGUUUUGGGGCUUUCAGCAGCCAAGGAGCAAUCACUAUUUCCCGAAACAUCCAAAAAGCCAACUGUUACGCCAAGUGUUACUGUAACGCCUACUUCAGUGCCAGCAACAACGUCUCACAGCCUCUCACAAAAACCCUUCACUAUAACAGUAACUUCAGUACCAUCAAGUUCACAGUCACAAAGCCGCAACAACAAUCCUAUGUCCAAUCUACUGCCACAUUUAUCAUCAAAGGAUAGCUUUUCUAGCUUCUUAGCCCAAGCUGAGCAACAAAACAACAUGCUAAAAAAGCAGCAACAGCAGCAAAGAAAAAGCUACGAAGCCAUGAUAGCUGAUAUUGGUUCGAAAGUCAACACAUACUCUCAUGAAGCUAAAGUCAACAAAUGGCUGGCUGAACAAAAUAUUGCUUUAGCUGAACAACCUUUGGGAGCUGACUAUUUAUCUAGUAGAAGACGUAGGCCUAGAGUUGACCCCACACUUUUAGACUGGAAAAAAUUGACUGGUGACGAAAACGUGUCCGUUGUCCAUAGAGUCACUGGCAAGAAAUUGACUGGACCCAAAGCUCCCACUUUGAAACGACUCGGCCAAUGGCUCAUGGAAAAUCCUAUGUACGAUAUUGAUCCUAAAUGGUCCGAGUUGGUGAAGGAAAGAGGAAAUUUGGGUGGGGAUUUACAUAAAAGAAUGCCUGGACAAAAUAUGCCAAACAUGAGUGGAAUGUCUGGCAGCUCCAAACAAAAAUCAGGAAACUCUGGACGACCGCCUUUACUAGCAAGUCCUACAGGCUCAACAUCCAGCGUCAGUUCUGCCAAUGUAACAACUUCAUUGCCCUCCAGUAUGUCAUUCCCAUCAUUGACUAAUUCUGGAUUGGCUAAUUUGAAUUCCUCUUUACUGUCUGGCCUGUCAAAUUUGGGCCAAUUUGAUCCCAAAACCAAUCCAUUGUUGAUGCCUUUUGCAGGACUUCCUAUGGGUUCAAUGGGAAGCUUAGGGAAUCUAUCAAAUAUGAACUUGUUUGCCAAUUUGGCUGGAUUGGGUUUGCCAGGAUUGGGUGCGAUGGAUCCGGCUGUUUUGGCUAGUGCAACAGCUGCAGCUGCAGGGACUAGUACAAAAGGAUCGAGCAGCAAGAACAGUUCCAGUACUAGCAGUUCGAAACACGAUAAGCCUCAAGAAGCUCAUUCCUCAAGCAAAAAUCAAUCGGCUAGUAGCAGUGCGAUACCAGCAACAAGUUCUUUCCCAUUCUUCUUCCCUAAUCCCAGUUUACUUUAUACUCCCCUAGGAUUAGGAGGGCUUAAUCCGUUUGCUUUGCAACCAGGAGUUUCUGCCUAUGACAGUUUAGGUUUGCUUAAUGGAAGCAUGAGUUCGCCAUCUACACAAAGCUCUAAAGGAAAAUCGAGUUCGAGUCAAAGGGGAGCUUCAACAACUACAACGUCAUCCUCUAUGAGCAGCAAACCAACUUCAAGUAGACAGUCUAGUAAAGAUGCGCAUAUUCAGCAACUGUUGUUGCCUCCUGAUACACAAAUAUUAGAAGGUAUUUCAAAAUUGGCCUCUGGGUCUUUGGAUCCGGGCAUGAAAAUGGGAAAAAGUGACAAGAAAGAGGAUAAACGUAAAGCUUUAGAAAGCUUGAGAGGUAUGUUGCCAUCUGAUUUUUCACAGUCAUCAAAAGAUAAAAGAGCCCCAACUCUACCUGGUUUGGCUGAUUUUACCAAAUUAUUAGAAGCUCAAGUGUCCCAAUCUACAAAGAAAUCUCAAGAGUACCAAAUGAAAGAGGCUCUGGAACAAUUUAACAAAUCUAAUGCAGAACUUGUUGCCAAGGCAUUAGCAGAAGAACAGGCUCAAAUGAAUUUGAUGAGUAUGAAACGGCCUAGAGAUUUUGGCGAAUCACCUCUGGCUCUAGACAAAUCUUCUUCUGAAGAAGAGCUGCAGCCUGCCAAAAAAUCGAAACCUUCCGUUGCUGUAAGUGAACAGCCAGAACCGAUUAUUGAAAGAGAACCUUCUCCGACACCUACAGUGCAAAUUGAACCUAAUCCUGUUCCAGCAUUGCCUGUUCUACCUGCACCUGUUCCAACUGUUGAAGGGGAAGGUGUAGACAUUGAAACUUUGCUACCCUCUUCUGUGGUCACUUCGGCCAGUGUGACUCCGGAAAAAACUCAGCCGCCCUUAGCGGUCACUCCAGAAUUGGAAAAAGAAUCUCCCGAACCGGCUUCAGUUAGUGACGCAAGCGGCGCUGAAGCGGUACCCGAUGAGGUGCCAACCGCUCCAAGCGGAUCGGCUAAAGACGACGAGCCUAAGGCUACAAGUGAGGGAACUGACUUGCCACCAAAGAAAAAUAUUAAACGUAGAGGUAAACGUAAAUCAGGUGAAAUUCUGUUAGACCCCGAAGCCGUAAUGGAAAAGAAAAAUCUCAGGUCUAGCGCUAGCAGGUCAGCUGCAGCUGCGGCGGCUAGACAUCAAAGAGAAGCUGAAAAUGCACAAAGAGAGAGUGAAAAUAAUUUGGGUGCCUCCUAAACGAAACGCCAGGCAAAGUAUUUUUUUUCUUGUGAACUGUGAUAAAAAUAAUUACAAACGAACGCUGAGUAAAUAAGUGCCGAGUUUUAAAAAGAAAAUGUUGUACUGACUUGCUGAUUGGGACUGAUCUUUAUUACGCUUCAUACACACACACACGUAUUCCCUUGAAAAUGUUUACUAUUGAGAAGGGCAUAAGAUUAAUAAUAUUAUUAAUGUAAGUUUUAGAUAUUUAAGUGAAAAUAUUGCAAUUAGUUAAGUAUAAAAAAAGGAGACUCGAAUUACCAUUGUUAUAGGUAUUAGGUACAAAAUGCUAGUUGAAAUUUAAAUGAUUAAAGAAAAUUAAGGCUGGUUUUUUUAGCUUUUAAGGAUGAUUUUAGUGAAAAAAAAUCUGACUUUAUAUUCUUUGUUUUUUUAACUUUUUACUCUGCAUUUAUUUGCUGGUUUUAUUUUUGACUUUUUAUUAGGUGUCUAAAAAUUAUAAUCUUGUGUAUAUACAUGUUAGUACAGUGUGAACCUGUGUAAAUAAAUGUUUACUUUUUUUUUAAAUACAAUUACAAUUGGAAUAAACUUUUUUCUCCACUUGCCUUUUUUUUUAUUAUUAAUUAUAUUUGCGCAAUUAAUUCGAUAUUAUUGUGUAUAAAGCGGCUUUUUUGACAAUUUGUAUUUCUAUUUUAAUAAUAAUGACUUUGUGGCAGUAUAAAAAAUAUCGUCUCCAUAAUUAGUUAAUCGUGUAAUAUGGUAGCUCUCUUUCUCAUUUUAUUGUUAUGAAGUUAUUAUAAGUAAAUAAAAAUACAAAGAAAAUAUUCAAUUUUUGUUUUAUUUAUGUGGGACAUUUCCAAUUCUUGAAGCAAUUUACAGUGAUUGUCAGAGAUGAUACACACAUGGAAGUUCA